UAGAAUAAUUAUAUGCAUAAUAUUAUAAAAGCUCAACAAAUCAAAUUGUUAUUAUAGGUAGAUCAUAUUUGAAUUGUUUUAACCAACAAUAAGACAUAAUUUACGAUAAUUAACAGGAUGAUAGGAUGGUGUAUGGUAAAAUCUUUAAGUAAGGAUACAACGACAUGCAAAUUUUUAAAUUUUCAAUAUUAGCCGUGCAAAUACACGGGCUAUACGCCUAGUUCUCUCUUAUAAGCAACACCUUUUGUUUUAAAAGAGGGUAUGGCUUUUCUGACAGGGUUUGCUGAAAAAUGGGAAAACAGUUGCAGUAAAAAGGUUGAUAGUAAUGGACACUAGCAGGGCCAAAGUGGAUUUCGAAAGUGAGGUGAAGUUAAUUAGCAAUGUUCAUCACCGGAAUCUUGUCCGGCUUCUUGGUUGCUCUCGGAAGGCCUCUGAGUUCCUACUUGUUUAUGAAUACAUGGCAAAUGGUAGCCUAGACAAGUUCCUCUUUGGCGAGAGACAUGGAACCCUCAAUUGGAAGCAGCGAUUUAACAUUAUUGUUGGCAUGGCACGUGGUCUUGCAUAUCUUCAUCAAGAGUUUCAUGUUUGUAUAAUACACCGGGACAUUAAAUCUAGCAAUGUUCUUCUUGAUGAUGACUUUCAGCCCAAAAUUGCUGAUUUUGGUUUGGCAAGGCUCCUACCUGAUGACCAUAGUCAUUUGAGCACAAAAUUUGCAGGAACAUUGGGUUACACUGCUCCGGAGUAUGCGAUUCAUGGUCAAUUAUCAGAGAAGGUUAACACUUACAGCUUUGGUGUUGUCGUUUUGGAAAUAUUGAGUGGUCGCAAGAGUAAUGAUACAAAGCUCGAUCCUGAAACGCAGUACCUACUUGAAUGGGCCUGGAAGCUAUAUGAAAGUGACAACUUACUCGCAAUGGUGGACGAAUCACUAAAUCCAGAAGAAUAUAAGCCGGAUGAAGUAAAAAGAAUCAUGGAGAUAGCCCUUCUCUGCACUCAAUCAGCCGUUGCUGCAAGGCCAAUGAUGUCAGAAGUGGUUGUGUUAUUGUUGAGAAGAAAUGAUCCGGAGCUGCAGCCCACAAGGCCCACUUUUAUUGACGCAACAAGUAGAGUGAGAGGUGAAACAUCCACGUCCAGUUCGUCUUCUGCCUCCAAGGCUACUGUAUCAAUUUCACAGGUUUCAGGCAGGUAAAAAGGAGUUCUAUAUGACUUUCCUUAUUUUUAUGUAACAAGAAUUUUUGUAUCGGUGCAUAUAUGGUACAGAACAACAGAUAUACCAAGAUGUGAUCAUUACUUGUCGAUAUAUAUACAAGAGAAGUGUAAAAUCAUUUUAAACA